GAGCUGGAGGAAUACCAGAGGAUCCUUCCCCUUUCCCUACUCCUUCUCCUCCAUCCAGCCUCCCGAGCCAGCCCCUGAGCAGACCACAGACGGGCAGGGCAGUUGCAAGUCCUGCUAGCUGAGAUUAAGGUGUUCAGAGUUCCUGAUUUGCCUUUGACUCAGUGCCAGUGCUGCUGUGGGCACUCGGCUGCUCAACAUCAAGUGGAUGUUUUAGGCGGUGCGAGGGGGAUGCGGCGGCGAGGGCCGGGCUGAGGCCGCGGCGCGGCCGGCGGGAACGGGCCGGGGGCCGGCAGCGAGAUGGCCGCCUCGGUUCUCGGAGCCCCCCUGGGCAACGUCUCCGGGCACCUGAAUUCCUCGGAGAAGAACUCGCAGCUCUCGCAGUUUGAGGAUGAGGACUGCCACGUGCCUUUGGCCAUGGUCUUCACUUUGGCCUUGGCUUACGGGACGGUGAUAAUUCUGGGAGUCUCUGGGAACCUGGCCUUGAUUGUCAUCAUUUUAAAACAAAAGGAGAUGCGCAACGUCACCAACAUCCUCAUCGUCAACCUCUCCUUUUCCGAUCUUCUGGUGACCAUCAUGUGUCUUCCCUUUACCUUCGUGUAUACUUUAAUGGACCACUGGGUUUUUGGGGAGGCCAUGUGCAAGCUGAAUCCCUUCGUGCAGUGUGCCUCCAUCACCGUCUCGGUCUUUUCGUUAGUCCUCAUCGCUGUCGAGCGCCACCAGCUGAUCAUCAACCCCCGUGGCUGGAGGCCGAACAACAGACAUGCCUACGUGGGGAUUGCCGCCAUAUGGGUUUUAGCCACGGCUUCCUCCUUGCCUUUCCUGAUCUACCACGUCUUAACAGAUGAACCCUUCAGAAACAUAACGCUCGAUGAAUAUAAGGACAAAUACGUGUGCUUGGACCUGUUCCCCUGGGACACUGCCAGGCUUUCUUAUACCACGACGCUGCUGGUGAUUCAGUACUUCGGACCGCUUUGUUUCAUAUUUAUUUGCUACUUGAAGAUAUACAUACGAUUGAAAAAAAGGAACAACAUGAUGGACAAGAUGAGAGACAGCAAGUACAGAUCCUCUGAAACCAAAAGGAUCAACAUCAUGCUGAUCUCAAUAGUGGUCGCAUUUGCAGUUUGCUGGCUGCCUCUCACCAUCUUUAAUAUCGUCUUUGAUUGGAAUCACGAAAUCCUGCCUGUCACUACCUGCAGCCACAACCUGCUGUUCCUGAUUUGCCACCUCACCGCCAUGAUUUCUACCUGCGUGAACCCCAUCUUCUACGGGUUCCUCAAUAAGAACUUCCAAAGGGACCUGCAGUUUUUAUUUCAUUUUUGUCAUUUCCGCUCCCAUGAGGAGGAUUAUGAGACUAUAGCCAUGUCUACCAUGCACACGGAUGUUUCAAAAACCUCUUUAAAGCAGGCAAGCCCGGUUGCAUUUAAAAAAAUAAGUAGCGAUGACGAUGACAAAAUAUAAGGAAGUAAUAAAAGUUCUACACUGAACUGCUGGAAGUGUGAUUGCAGGUGAAACGUGUCCAAGGACAAGCACAAUUACAUAACGAGUACAGAAUGGGUAAUGUUCUUCUUUUUCCCAGGAACUUUGGUUGUUGUCACUUUGAAAUUAUAUGCUGUGUGGUUUUGCCCCUUUUACCGCUUUAAUGUUCUCAGCAGUUAUAUCUGAAUCUUAUUAUAAGACAUAGUCGGACCUGCUACUACCUAUGGUUUUCAUCAGUUGUCUUUUGUUCUGUUUUCUUUGUACAGUUAUGUGCUUUAGCACAAAGAUAUAUUUAUUGAUUUUUUUUUUUUUUUCAAAUAAAUAGUUUUCAGGAGUGUCCGUCGAAGACCAUUAGAAACAAUAUGAACCAGAGGGAGGCUGUCACUACAGAGGGCACCCGUCCCAGCAUAAAAUUAGGACAUUCUGAUUUGAAGAGUUCUUCUUUUUUUCAAUCUGGGUUUUGAUCGAUGUUAAAAUCCUGUAAAAUCAGCGUAGGCACGCAGAAAAUGAUUCUGUGAAACCUGUAGAAUAUGUUAAAUGGGGACAAGCAGUUGUCUCAGUCAUAGAGGCCAUUCAAGCUGUAAUCACUUAGGUUCAAAGGCAGGAUUAAGAGAAAAAUUCUGCUCUCAUUUAUGAGAAUAAAGCCCUACAGUAAUUCCACAGAGCACAAUGGGCUAGCUCUGAUGUUUCACCACAGCAAAUGAAAGCACAAAUGGGCCUUCAGUCCCAAUUGAUUAUAGGUGAUUUUAAUAAUACAGGCUUUUUAAUUUAAAAAAAUGCAAACCCCGUUUUCAUCUGCCAUCACUGACAGGAGUUAGUGUUGCUGGAAUGAAGUGCACUGCCUGUCCCACGCCCAUGAGCCAUGUAAAUUCUCCUUUAGUCCUGGGUCCAGAAUCUAAAGGGAGAUGGGAGUGUUCACCAUCUGGACAAGAUGCAAUUCCAUCCUCGCAGGUGACAGCGAAGGUCAGGUCUGGUAUUAAAAAAAGAGCUUCAGCUACCUAAGUCUUGUCAUAAUAUUUAGUGAUAAUCUAUAUAAAUUAUGUAUAGUCUCAUAAUAUUCUGUGUUCAGAUGCAAUGGUAUAAACCUGGAUUAUCUCCAAGACAAUGGAUGGUUUAAUCAAGAGCUGCAAAAUAUAAAAGGAGGAUAUGGAUAUAGUUUGGGUGUAAUUGGUAUCUUUAGCUUCCAAACUCACAGUUUCCACAGUUGGCUGAAGUGCAGAAACAUUUGCCAAAUAUACACAAUAGAUCUCUGCGUGUUAUUGCUUAAAAUAUAUAUCCUCUAAUUACAUAAAAUAUACAUGACUAGAUCCCCAGCUGAGGGAAACCCACAUAAACUGACUGCUGUAAAUGAAACUAGAACAAUAUCAGCCAGCUGAGGUUCUGUGUAAUACAGUGUACUUUUCUGUAUAAUCAAUGCCUUUUUGAAUAAUCAGCUUUUAAAAAUUACAAUAUAGACCCUAUUUUCUCUUAGCAAGGCCACUUUAAACUGUUCUGGCAAAGAAGAGGGUCUUAAGAAUGGAUAUAAAUGUAAAUGUAGCAUAAAUGGAAAUCUGACCUGAUAUCUUUCCGAGCAAAAAGAUCUCAGGAUGUAAUGGUGAAUUUAAUAUGUUCUAAAUUUGACAUGGAUAAAUGCCUAAGAAAUGAAAAUUAUUUGGUUUGCCAGUAUUUAAAAGUAAAAAAUUGAGCCUUGUGCUGUCUUAUAAAUAGUGUAGAAUAUUAAAGUAGCAAUGUGUUCUUGUGCAUUAUAAUUCCAUGUAUUUCUCUACUGGUGGAUAAUUUAAUUAAAAAGGAGGUUUCUGUGGUUGAGAACAGAGAGGGAAUGUAGAAAAUGAAUUAUAAGACAGAACUUUCUUUCAGAGUUUGCCCUUUUGUGUUUUAUGAGAUUUCCCUUUUCUGGGUGGUUUUCUACGGAGAGCGUUGCUAAUAAUUUGGCGAGAGUCUCCUGAAAUAAUUCCCCCCUCGUUUUUUGAUAAUUUUCAUAUGCUAAGGGAUGUGUAUUUUCAUAAAGAGAUGCAGUGUAGAAAAACGGUCAUGUUUUUCUAUUAAGAAUGUCACAGUGGAUCUUUCCCAUGAGAAAAAAAAAAUUACAGUGAAUUUUAUGGUUUUUGCCACUUUGAAAAAAAACCACUUUCUUCCAGCCUAGUGAAAGAAGAAAACAUAAUUAUUUGAGAAAGUGUCCAGUUAGUUUGCUAGGAGUUUUUGAUCAGGCUGAAUUGAGUGUUUUUACAGCAUAGGUGCGUUGGAGCAACUUUAGAGGAACCUGCUGGUGCACAGAGACCCAGCACUAAAAUUCCUAAGAUGUCCUAAUGUUUGGAGGUCUCCAGUGGGAUAGAAACAUAAUUCCUCCUACGCCAACCUUUCUCCUGCUUGAGGAGAAAAUCAUACAGCCCCUCUCAAACCGUACAGCCCAUCUGCCACCAUCCCAUACUGUCUCCAGAAUGCGCCGGGUGUUUUUUGCCCACCAGCACCUGCUGAACAAGGUGAGGUGUAAGUAGGAGCGUUCCUUUGGCUCAUCUCUGUUAAGCUCAGGAGCCGUUUUUCUGCUGCACUGCUGUCCUAGGAUCAGGCUUCUCUCCUGUGUUUCCUCACUUCCCUGCUAGAAGCCUUUCUGAGCCUCGGCCAGGGACGCAGGCUGGCACAUCGUCGUACAAACAGCGCAGGGGAUCUGCCUGAAACGACAGUGGAAAUGAGCACAGUGUAAAGAGUCUUCAGCAGGAAAAAGCAUCUGGAGGAUUUCAGAGGCAAAACUGCUGCUCUUCUGAAGAAUUUGUUACGAGGACAAAGAUAAAAGCAGCCUCUCCGAGGUGCUGACCUGACAUCUGCAGGGUGUAGAUGAUAUUCCCUGAGAGCAGUAUUUUUGUCUUUGGUUUCAUGACUUGACACUGGCGUCUUCAAAAGCCACCGGACACUUUCCUCCCCCAACACCUGGCUACAGCACUAAUCCUCUUUUUCACUUCCAGAGCUCCAGCAUGGCUUCUCAUCGUCUAUAUGCUAAAUUUCUUUACAGUGUAAGCUGUCGGGUUUCAUGUUGAGCUGUCGUUUCUGUCAUUCUGAUUUGAUAUUUGUACCUCCUAUGUGCUGUUCUGUCAAGCUCCCCACACUGCAGCACAUGCUGUUUCCUAUCUCGAAAGCCUGAAGAUCCCUCAUAUUCUUUCAGACUGGUAGAAAAGUUUUACUGACAGAAAAACAGAAGAGCGAAGGAUCUAUAAUGUAUCUUACUAUUUACGUGCAAUACAUUUCAUGUCAAAUCUACAGCCUUAAAUGACAAAUGUAACUAUUUAAUAGCCUUA